AAGGAGGUAGUGUUGUAAUUUACAGAAUUAAAUUUCAUCAUAUUUCGUAACUACAGAUGUAAGUGUAAUUACUUCAAAUUCACUGUAAGUGCUGUAUUUUGUCAAUUAUUAGGUGACAUCAGUGCUAUUUACCAAAAGUAUGAUAUGGUUCACAAAACUCGCAAAAUUCAUCUGUAAAUUCUAGGGUUUUCUUCAGAUUCUGCGACUCUGAUCCGAUAAAAAUCAAUCAAUCACCACUUGACCAAAAUCAAGGUUACACAGAAGGAUGGAGGAAGAAGAAGGAGGGUUGAGGCUGAGCAAGAGGUUCUCGGACAAAGGCGGUGAGGUUGAUUUCAAGACCAAAUCGGGCACAGCAUGGUCUCACUCUUACCUCAACCAGAAGCCAUGGCACCCUCUCUCCUACCCCAACCAGCGCCGCAAAUGGAUCGCCGAGCAGACCCACGUCCAGCGCGAACGCCGCGCCGAAGAAGUCGCCCGCGAGUUUGCACAUGAGCAGGAAUUCUUCCGCCAGGCUGCUCUUGUCUCCAAGAAAGAGAAAGAAAAGAUGGAAAUGAUGAAGGCUGUGAGCUUUAUGUAUGUCCGGCCACCGGGUUAUAAUCCUGAAAGUGCCCAAGCUGCUGAAAUUGCUGAUGAGAGGAAGAACCAGGAGCAGAGCAACCCCCAGAAAGACCCAUCUGUGGGUGGAGCAUCAACUUCAAUGCCAUUGGAAGGCAUGCCUGGCAGAGACCGUCCACGUGAUGAGAAAAAGAAACCAAAGCCAAAAGAUGUUUUUGGUCGAGCUUUACCAACUGAAGAACAAUUUGAAAUCCUUAAAAAUGCUCCAAGGAUGGAAACAGGUGCUCCUGCAAGGGUGAAACCAUUUGGAGUUGAAGUGCGCAAUGUAAAGUGUCUUAGAUGUGGAAAUUUUGGCCACCAAAGUGGUGAUCGUGAAUGUCCAUUGAAGGAUGCUAUAAUGCCCAAUGAAGAAAGUCGAUUGAAAAGAGAUGACCCCUUGACAGCUAUGAUGGCCCACACAGAUUCUAGUGAGCCUCUGAAGUGGGAACUUAAACAAAAACCAGGAAUGAGUCCUCCCCGUGGCGGCUUCAACCCUGAUGAUCCCAACCAGCAAAUAGUUGCUGAGGACAUAUUUGACGAGUAUGGAGGGUUCCUUAGUGGAGAGAACAUCCCGGAGUUGUUGGCCAAUUUCUCCUCUAGCAAACCCAAAAAGAAGUCCACGAGUAAGAAACACAGUAGGCGGUCAUCACCAACUUGCACUGAAUCUAAGGAUCAUAAAGAGUAUGGGUCUUUUAACGAUGAUGAUGAUGAGAGGAAGAGGUCAAAGAUGAGGAAACGUAAGAUGAAGAGACACAAGCAUUCAGAAUCAAGUCCAUCAGAUGAAGCUGAGUUUGAUAGGCAUGAUGGGUCGUCCGAGGAUGAUGAUGAUGAUGAGAGGAAGAGGUCAAAGAAGGGGAAAGAUAAGAGAAAAAAGCACAAGCAUUCUGAAUCAAGUUCAUCGGAUGAUGCGGAAUUUGAUAGGCAUCGUAAACGGAGUAGACACAGGCAUUCUUAUUCGAGUUUGUCUGAAGAUUCAGGCUCCGAUGAGCGACGUAGGAGCAAGCACCGUCAUCGCUCUCGCCAUCGGCAUCGUCGGUAAUCACUAUGAUUCUUUGUCAGAAUGAGAUUUGUAUAUGCUUUAAUUUGAUCUUGUCGUGGAGAUGGCAAAUGGACCAGCUUUUUGGUUUAGGUCUAUCUGACUAUUCCAAGUGUUGGUAUCAUGCCAUUGUUUGGGUAGAGUGUUACUAAGAAUUUCGUUUCGCUCUUUUGUUGUUUCCAGUUAUACAUUAUAUGAAAAUUGAUGUUUGAUAAUUAUGAGGAGCCUGAAAUCUCCUGUUAACAUCUGUUUUGCUUGAA